AAAACUGCUUUUUCAGGUAGAGAAAGGUCAAAGCUAUCGAGUUCAAUUGUCAUCUACUCUAGUGCUUCCCGUUUCUCUAUAAGUUUUACCUGUAGAAGUCGCUGUCCAAAAUGCAUGGAAACACCUAAUAUAAUCAAUAUGUAAUAGGAGGAAACUGAAAAGAAGAAUACCUUACCUUACCUACAUACCACUCCGUUCACCUCUGUGGCGAGCUCUGAAAAUUGCCAUUAAUAAAUAUUAUAAAAAACAUUGUAACGUUAAUCGACGAUGCUCGACAUUACAAAACCCUCGCGGAAUUCGUUACGGCCUUUACGUGAUAAUGAUUCGGAUGCCGCAUAAAAUAAUUAAAAACGAAAUAUAUGAUCAAACGAUGAAAUUCGCUUUUUUACGCUAUGAGUAAUUAUCAAAAGUGGAAAAAGAUAAAAAAGUGAAAUAAAUUGAGAUAAUCAUUUAUCAUUUGCACAACGAUUUUUAUGGGUCAGGGACAUUUUUAUCAUGGUCGGGGAGAUUUUUAUAAUGGUCGGAAGGAAUUUUAUCACGGUUGGAAUGACUAUAUAUUGAAUAACGUCAGUAAAUCUUGGUAUUUAUUACGGUCAAUCAUUGACCGCGAAGCAAAGCAAUUUUAUACGACGGUUUUAUGAGACGUUUUCCGCGCCACCCUAGAGGUACCGUUAUAGGCGCGUUGCCAAUUGUUUUAAAUGGCUGGCUCCCCAGUAGACCUACACCAUUAUAAAGUUCUAUUACAGUUGGCAAUGCUACUUUGUGCUGCUGUGCAAAAGACGCAAUGUUUGUCAAUUUUUUGUACCAUAUUAUUGAACAGCUGUUCGAAAUCGACUUUGCUAUAAGUCUGUUGCGAAAAAAUUAUUUGUUGCUAAAAAUGUUAAGCUCAAUGGUUAAAGAACAUCAAAGCAAGCAAAUUAAACGGAAACAAGAACAAGAAAUCAAACGUAAAGAAGCAAUAGAAGCCUCGAAUGAAUUAACUAAAGCCUUGGUAGAACAUCUGAACGUAGGAGUGGCUCAAGCGUAUUUGAAUCAAAAACGCUUGGAUUCAGAAGCGAAACAAUUACAUGCCGGAGCGACAAACUUUGCUAAACAAACACAGCAAUGGUUACAAUUAAUUGAUAAUUUCAGCAGCGCGUUGAAGGAACUAGGUGACGUCGAGAAUUGGGCACGUAGUAUAGAAUCGGAUAUGCUGGUUAUCCAACAAACCCUAGAAAUUGCUUACAAAACUAGUAGACAAAUUCAGUCUACACAACAAGAUAGUAACUAAAAUUCCACGAAGAUGGAAACGU